AUGGCCAAGAAUAAUCUCACCACAGUAACUGGGUUCAUCCUCAUGGGCUUUACCAACAACCCUAAGUUGAAGAUUCCCUUCUUCAUGGUGUUUCUGAGUUUUUAUCUAGUCACCCUUCUGGGGAAUGUAGGGAUGGUCAUUCUGAUCCAAGUAAAUGUCCAACUCCACACUCCAAUGUACUUCUUCCUUAGUCAUCUUUCCAUCUUGGAUGCCUGCUAUACCUCAGUCAUCACUCCUCAGAUCCUGACCACACUGGCCACAGGCAAGACAGCCAUCUCUUAUGGCCAAUGUACUACCCAGUUCUUUUUCUUCACCGUUUGUGCAGCUACAGAGUGUUUCCUGCUGGCAGUAAUGGCCUUUGACCGCUAUAUUGCCAUUAGCAACCCACUGCUCUACACUGUGGUCAUGAAUCCAAGACUUUGCUGGAGUUUGGUGGCAGGAGCGUACAUCUGUGGUAUGUCAGGGGCCAUACUACGUACCACAUGUACCUUCACCCUCUCCUUCUGUGAUGACAAUCAGAUCAACUUCUUCUUCUGUGACCUCCCACCCCUGCUAAAGCUCUCCUGCAGUGACACAACACACACUGAGAUUGUCAUUGUCUUCUUUGGCAACUUCGUGAUCUUGAUCAAUGCUUUAGUCAUCCUUAUUUCCUACCUGCUCAUCAUCAAGGCCAUCAUGAGUAUGAAGUCUUCAGGUGGCAGGGCCAAGACUUUCUCCACAUGUAUCUCCCACCUUACUGCUGUGGGUAUCUUCUUUGGGACCCUCAUGUUUAUGUAUCUAUGGACUGGAUCAGGCAAAUCCCUGGAAGAAGACAAGGUUGUUUCUGUUUUCUACACUGUGGUCAUCCCCAUGCUGAACCCUCUGAUCUACAGUUUGAGAAAUAAGGAUGUAAAAGUUGCCUUCAAAAAAAUCAUUGAUGCUGUCUGGGCCCUGGGCUACCUGCCGACGUUCUGGCCCUCAGAGACUUUCUCUACUGAAAAAGACGUGCUCAUCGGAGCUGUGACUCCCUUUUACACAGUGCUGGAAAAGCCAGAAGUCAAGUUUUACCAGCCUCCGGAGCAGCCACCAUGCCAAGAAUGGGUCAUGCUCUCUUUCCUUGGCAAAGAUGACCCAACCUUCCUGCCCAACCUCACCAUGGAACUGCAGACCUAUGAUUCUUGCAUCUCGGGGACCCGGGCCCUGGCGAGCACGCUGGCCCUGCUGUCCAACCAGCCCCAGCCCAUCCCCAACUUCAGCUGUGGCUUCAAGCGAUGGCUCCUAGGGGUGAUUGGAGGGCUUACCUCCCCUGAGUCCUCCCCAAGCCCAUGGCUGAACUGCUCUCUGCAUACAGAAUCCUUCAGAGUUGGAAAAUCGAACAAGUGA